AACAGAGUUGCCAUUGCAAAGUUUGGGGGAAGAUUCAAACCAAACAAAUUUUUUUGGGGCAUGAAAAACCAAACCAGUGUAAAAGAAGAUGACUUACAGUAGUCAAUGAGAGGAGAUAUUUGGGAACAGCAAUAGUUAUUAUUGUAAUUAACUGUAUCUUUGUCAGAAACCACCAGAUGUGAGAAUAGUUCUAACAAAUCUGAGUGUUUACUGGGGUUGCAGUACUGUAUUUAUUGUGCUGUCACACGCAGCAUUGCUGCAAGAGACAUCUUAGACAAUAGUUACAUUAGUCAGGGAAAGAGAGGUAGAAGGAGUUCACUGAUAACCUGUGAAAAGUUGGGACAGUUGAACAUCUCCCUGGCUUUCCAUGAAGUUGGGAAGAUCAGCCCUCCUUGUCAUCAACUUUGCCUCAGUGUCCUGGUUCUUUGAAGACUCAAAAUGCUCUGAUCUCAGAGGAGCAACCAUACAACCAGAGCCUGAUUUGUAAAUGUUUUCAGGAAUAUGCCUGCUUGAGCUCAUGCAGAAUCUUGCAGAUAGGAUGUACAUUAUAAUAUCAGACACAGAAUGUGACUCACUUGGAAGGAGAUUGCAGAGAGCUGAUUGUUGAAGCUGCAAACCAUCAGACACUCAGAAAGAAAACAAAAUUUAAGUCAAGAUGACAGCAUUGAAUAGGUCAAAGUCUGCUCUGAAAGGGCAGCUCUUUCAUCAAAGUUAAUGCAAGGAAAGCAACCAGUUUUUGCACUCUGAUAUGGCAGAGGAAGAAGUGUCUGUUCAAAUGGGCAGAAUUGCUUUUCUAAAGGAAAACCCUUCCAAGCCCUGUAGAAUAUUUGUAGAAAGAGUGCCCAGUGAGCUUGUUUGGUUAAUCUCUGAUCCACCUGAGGAUUGAAUGGUUCUCUGUUGUUCUUACUAUACAGAAGGAGUUUUAUUAUUGAUUUCAAGUGAGUAAAAAAUCAGGUCCCAUUUGAGCAACUGCAGUGAUUAAGCAGUUCCCUGAAUGGCUGUACCUGAGCCAAUCCUUUUAACAAUUAUCCUAAGGAAAGAUGUUUCUCCUCCUCUGGUUAUCCCAAAUCUGAUUUUUCAUAUCCAAUCCCUACAUGACCUUUCCUAGAUUUCAGCAGUUCCAAGCACAGGGAAAUUAGGAGGGUGAAUACUAAAAGCUUAGAAUCCACUGAAUUAAAAUAAACUUCUAAGAUAUGUUCUUUCUUCCAGUACUAGACAUUAACAGUCCCCAUGUUCUAUAGAAGAAAGAGGUUAAUAAAAAGGGAAAGGAUGAAAAGAGAAUUUUUAAACCCUGUUACAAAGUAGCAAAUGCAAAAGAAGAAUGUAAAUGCAGAAUUUUCUGGCAUGGCAUUGAGUGGCACAGUUCUCACACAUCGUUUUUGCUUGCUGAUUACAUCUGCCUGAUGACUGGAAUAUUUUAAACAAAGGGAUUCACCUGCUAAUUCUGGUGAGAAGAAAGUCACCACAUUAAAGAAAAAUCCAACUGUGGAAAUUCCUGAGCAGUGGAUGCUAAGCAGCACAGGCUUGAUAAAGCCAAGCAGAUGAAUGCUGAGAAAACUCAGGUCUGUUUAUCAGGAGGUUCAUCUCUAGCAAUCCUGGAUGGGAUGCAUUCAGGGGAUCUCGUGCAUGAACACGUGUGCAUAGCACUUGUUUUGCCUCUAGAAAUGCUUUACACAAUCAUCUAAUAUUCAUUUUCAAAUAGACAAGCUAGACACAGAGAGAAGAAAACACCUUGCCCAAGCUUGCCCAGUAAAAGAGUGACAGAUGAGAAAAGAACACACAUUUCCUCAUUUCUCUGGCUGCCUUAUGCCUCAUUUCUGUAGAUCUUUGGUCAGCAACUGUAAAUCUUUCCCUAGUUAUCAAUGUACCUCAUUUGAUUUGCAUUAUUCAGCAGAUUUAUUAGUCAUCUUUAAUUUGUAAACAGUUUCCUUAGAAGAGCCGUAGAUAAUAUCAGAAAUAAUUAAGGCAGGUCAAAAUCCUUGUUGGGGCACUCUCUGGCAGCCGGCUCGUGGGCUGCAGGUGCCUGCCAGCCCUGGGAGCUGCUGCCAGCCCUGUCCCGAGGGGGUUCUGCCCUCCAGACUGCGGGGAGAAGCCUGCUUCUCUAAAAGGUGCGUGUCUGCAUGUUGUUUGGGACUGAAAAUCAGCUCAGCAAUCCCAUCUUCCUCAUCCAGCUGUCCCUCUGGUGUUCCCACACUCAGCAUGGUGGGAUGGUUUGUACUUCAGGAACUUGCCGUUUCCUUCCAGUAUUUCCAAUACUUUGGAAAGGCACCAAGGGAAAAAUCUCACAGGCAGAACAGGGAGCUCUGGAGAGCAAGAAAUUCUACAAAUACUCUGUUGAGAAAGAUCCUUUAAAACUUGAUAAAAAGUAAGGAAGUAUGUGUGGGUGAAACUUAAAAUCCCUGUCCUUAGUUAUAAGCACGUGGUUAAAUGCAUUCCUGGCCUGUGCUGGAAAGCUCUACAGCUCUGUAACAUUUCUCUAGAAGUUGCUCACUCUCUUCCUACAGCCAUGUGUGGUGUACAAGAGGGUGCCUGGACACUGACCACACAGUGAGAAAAGCUGUGAGAAGCCCUUCAGCAUUUAUUUCUUUUAAUUGGAACGCUGUGUGCAAGGCUGCAAGCAGUGUUUGGUGUGAUCCCCUGCCCUUUAAGGGAUGCUGAGCUGCCUCCCUCCUCAGCCGGGUUGUGUAACGCUGCUCACACAGCAGCACACACCCUGCACUUCUCCAAUGGACAGGACUGGAAUCAGGGGAAUCCCCAAUUGCACUGUCCGUGUCCAGCCUUGCUCAGAGCUAUUUUGCAUAGAUGCUCUGCACUAUAAAAUGCUUUUGCCUCCUGGGAGGGAUGCAGAGCCUGAGAGCUGGAAGGCAAGGAGCUCUGAGAGAGGGAGGAGUCUCUCCUGGCAGGGCUGGGACAGCUCUCCCAAAGCACGGAGCAAAGUGUCAGACUCGGUCUCCUGCUCCAGUUCCAAGCUGUCCAGCUGCUCUGAAAACUUUGUCCCUCCUUUCUGCUGAUUUAAAGGUUUGUGCAUGUAACUGGUAACCCUGCCAGUGCAACCCACAGAACCCCACGAGGCUGGACACAAAGCAGCUUCUUGCUCUGAGUGCCAGUGAAGGGAAAUAAGUGUUCCCACAUCACACAAAACAAGGUUUCAGCACAGUGAAGUAAAACCACCAAAAAAACCCAUACGAAAUGCUGUGCCCGUGGCAGUUUGUGUUCAAAUCUCGUGCUGCCAGGAGCCAGUACCCCAGGGAGAAGGAUAUCAACAACAACGUGGAGAAAAAUAGGAAGAUCCAUGGCUCAGAAAAGGAUGAUGCCAAAUUGCAGAAUCCCAGCAAGAAGCAGAUGGAGAGGCUGCCUGUCAUAACUUCAGCAAAGCCCAGCGAGGGAGGAGAGAAUCUCCCUCCAAAUGACAUCAAAGUUUCAAAUCAAAUAUCAGGAUGUCCAAGACAUGUAAGAGUAAGAAACUUGGAAAAUGGAUCCAGCUUUCUUGACACACUACACCUGACUGCAAAAGAGGUUAUCAAUUGCCAAACCAAAGCCUGCCAAGGGUCACUCAUGACCCCAAAGGGCCUGGUGAGAGGUACCAGAGAUGGGCCAGUUCCACCAGAGGAUCUUUUACCUCAGGCAAGAGACUUCCUCAAGCAAUAUUACAGUUCAUUUAAAGAGCCAAAAAUCAAAGAACAGCUGGGCCGGCUGGAAGCAGUGACCAAGGAGAUAGAAAGAACAGGAACCUACCACCUGACCAAGGAUGAGCUGACCUUUGCUGCCAAGCAGGCCUGGAGGAAUGCACCCAGGUGCAUCGGGAGAAUCCAGUGGUCCAACCUGCAGGUGUUUGAUGCACGGGACUGUAAAACAGCCAAGGAAAUGUUUGAGCAUAUUUGUCAUCAUAUUCAGUAUGCCACAAACAAUGGCAAUAUAAGGUCGGCCAUCACGGUGUUCCCGCCGCGGACGGACGGGCAGCACGAUUUCCGCGUGUGGAACAGCCAGCUGAUCCGCUACGCUGGCUACCCCAUGCCAGAUGGCUCUGUCCUGGGGGACCCUGCCACUGUGGAGUUCACUCAGUUGUGCAUCGAGCUUGGGUGGAAGCCGAAAUAUGGCCGCUUUGAUGUACUUCCACUUGUUCUCCAAGCAAAUGGCCAAGACCCAGAAAUAUUUGAAUUACCUCCAGAAAUUGUCCUCCAAGUGCCAAUGGAGCAUCCAAAGUACGAGUGGUUUAAGGAUCUGGAGCUGAGGUGGUACGCGCUGCCUGCGGUGGCCAGCAUGCUGCUGGAGGCGGGAGGGCUGGAGUUCACUGCGUGCCCCUUCAACGGCUGGUACAUGGGCACCGAGAUCGGCGUGCGCGACUUCUGCGACGCGCAGCGCUACAACGUCCUGAAGGAGGUAGGAAGGAGAAUGGGACUGGAAACAAACAAACUGUCAUCAUUAUGGAAGGACCGAGCUGUUGUAGAGAUCAAUGUGGCUGUGCUUCACAGCUUCCAGAAACAGAACGUGACCAUCAUGGAUCACCACUCUGCCUCCGAGUCCUUCCUGAAGUACAUGCAGAGCGAGUACCGCGCGCGGGGCGGCUGCCCGGCCGACUGGGUGUGGAUUGUGCCUCCCAUGUCAGGCAGCAUAACCCCCGUCUUCCACCAAGAGAUGUUGAACUAUGUCCUCACUCCCUUCUAUUACUACCAGGUGGAUGCAUGGAAAACACAUGUGUGGCAUGAUGAGACCCGGAGGCCAAGGAAAAAAGAAAUAAAGUUUAGCAUCUUGGCAAAGGCUGUGCUCUUUGCAUCCUCGCUCAUGCGAGGGGCGGUGGCCACCAGGGCCAAGGUCACCGUCAUCUACGCGACAGAGACGGGCAAGUCGGAGACCCUCGCCAACCACCUGUGCAGCCUGUUCAGCUGUGCCUUCAGCACCAAGAUCCUGUGCAUGGAUGAGUACAAUAUUUGUGACCUGGAAAACGAAACACUUCUUUUAGUGGUUACUAGCACUUUUGGAAAUGGAGAUUCUCCAGGUAACGGAAAGGCCUUGAAAGACUCCUUGCUCAGACUGAAACUGCUGAGAAAUAAAAUUAGGUAUGCUGUGUUUGGUCUGGGGUCCAGCAUGUACCCAGAGUUCUGUGCCUUUGCUCACACCAUUGACCAAAAACUGGCCCAGCUCGGGGCUUCCCAGCUCACUGCAGUGGGUGAAGGGGAUGAGCUCAAUGGGCAAGAAGAGGCAUUCCGCAGCUGGGCAGUCAGUGCUUUCAAGGCUGCCUGUGACAUUUUUAACAUCCGUGGGAGACACAGUAUUCAGUUGCCUGAGAUCUACACCUCUGAGGAAAGCUGGGACCCUACCAGUUACAGAGUAGUGCAUGACUCCCAGCCCAUGGACCUGGCUAAAGCUCUUGCAAACAUUCAUGCCAAGGAUGUAAUUCCCAUGAAGCUGAAAUUCAGGCAGAAUCUUCAAAGUUCGAAGUCCAGUCGUGUCACCAUUCUGGUUAAACUUCACUGUGAGACUAACCACGAAGUGCACUACCUUCCUGGGGAGCACGUUGGGAUUUUCCCAGGCAACCAGGCAGAAUUAGUCCAUGGCAUCAUUGCCCGUGUCAAGGAUGCCCCUCCAGCUGGUCAGACCAUCAGGCUUGAAACCUGCAUUGAUGGUGGGUACUGGGCAAGUCACAAAAAGAUUCCAGCCUGCACACUACCCGAGGCUUUGACAUACUUGCUUGAUAUCACUACUCCACCCUCCCAACAACUGCUAAAAAAACUUUCCCAGCUGGUGACAGCAGAAGGAGACAAGCAGAGGCUGGAGGUGCUGUGUCAGAGCACAGAGGAAUACAAUAAAUGGAAGUUUUACAACAGCCCAAACAUCCUGGAGGUCCUGGAGGAGUUCCCUUCUGCUGAGGUCACCACAGCUUUCCUGCUGACUCAGCUGCCACUUCUGAAGCCCAGGUACUAUUCUGUCAGCUCCUCCUGCGACAUGACAGCCAGAGAGAUUCAUCUGACAGUUGCAGUUGUAAACUACAGGACAAGAGAUGGAGAAGGGCCUUUGCACCAUGGAGUCUGCAGCACGUGGCUGAACACAAUAGAGCUCAAUGAAACCGUUCCCUGCUUCAUCCGCAGUGCUAAUGAGUUCCACCUCCCCGAGGAGCCAGCCAAGCCCUGCAUUCUGAUCGGCGCGGGCACGGGCAUUGCUCCCUUCAGGAGCUUCUGGCUGCAGCGCCUCUAUGACCUGGAGCACAGAGGGCUCAGAGGAGGGGACAUGACCUUGCUGUUCGGCUGCCGGCAGCCAGACCUGGAUCACAUCUACAGGGAGGAGACUGAGGAGAUGAAGAGGAGGGGAGUCCUGAGAGAUGUCUACACAGCUUACUCCAGACUGCCCGGCCAAGAGAAGGUCUACGUCCAGGACGUGCUGCAGGGGCAGCUGGAGGCCCGCGUGUGCGAGGCGCUGCACGGGCAGCAGGGCCACGUCUACGUGUGUGGGGACGUGCGCAUGGCGCGGGACGUGGCCGCGGCGCUGCGGGCGCUGCUCGCCCGGGCCCUGCGCCUCAGCCCGCAGCAGGCGAACGAGUACCUCCAGCAGCUCAAGAGCCAAAAGCGAUACCAUGAAGAUAUAUUCGGGGCUGUGUUCCCACAUGAAGUCAAAAGAGCUUUGCAACCCACCAGCUGAAGAACAAAUCCACUUGUGUUUUAGACAAUACUUGCACAUUUGUUGUUAUUUUCAAAAAACAAAGAGCCAAAUCCUCCUUCUUAUACUUGUUCAAUCAUGCAUGGGUAUAGGAUUGUAGGGUUUGACUAAUAAACCUCAGCCUUAAUUAAGUAAAAUAUUAAAUUUAACUUUUAUUGCUAUUUAUUCUGACAUUUUAAUACAUUACCUUAAUAGUGAAAGUGCAAAUUAUUUUUUUAAUACCAUCUAUGCUAGUAUAAUCUGGUGGUUUUUAUACAUAUUAGGAAAAUUACAGUUUUGUACUAAGUUACCUGGAGCUGAAAUCUUUUUUUUAAAUGUACUGUUUAUCUUUGUGACCUUAUUUAUAUCAGAUUGGUUUACUUGCAUAUUAUCUUCACUUGAAAUUGAAAACAAGUGAAUGCAUGGUUGUGUUGCUGGGAGUUGUCUGGCCACGUGCCUGGAUCUGGAGCAAUGUUUGCAAAUGAAAUAAUAAUGUGCUGGUCCCCAAGUGGCACCACCGGCUGCAUCACCUCAGAUGUGUCUGCUCAGCAGGCAGCAGUGGGGAGCUGUGCUUUGUGGGACUCAGGUACACGAACAUCAGCUGUUGUUGUUACAGAGCCUACAGCAGGAAGGUUCCAAAAAUUCCAAAGCACUUUGUACAUUUGAAUUCUAUGCUCUGGUUUACUUGAUUUGUUUGUAAUAAAUCUGUCUUUAUACUCACACAAAGGAUGUGGAUCAGUGAACCUCUUCUUGCUCUUGGCUCCAGCCUGCAAAGGCAGAGGUAACAAGCAGCUCCCAGGCUGUGGUGAGGUGGGUUUGGCUGCUCCCUGAGCUAAGGGCAUCUCCAGCAGUUACAGUCUGCCUAUCAGCAGUUUUGUAUGUUUGUUACUGCCAGGCAAGUGUGAGUUUGCACCAGGGAGUGAGACUGGCCUGAAACUGCCCUCGUUGUAUUUGGACUCGGGCUCUUUCUAGGUGUUGCAGUUACAUCAGAAAUAGUUCCUUCUCUGAAAUUACCAGGACUAUUUGAGCAUAUUAAAAAGGUGAGAUUUUCCUGCCAUCCCUCAUCUCCAGGAGCUGGAAUUGAUGAAGGCAGAGUUGCGACUCCAAAGUCAGCAGUUCUGUGUGUGAACAGUGUGUUUCACACAUGCUUCAGGACAGCCCUUGGCCCCUGGAACUGGGCUGAGGUGGUUGUGCACCUUGCUGGGCUGGGACUGGACUGGGAGUUGCAGAUUAACACUUUCU